UGUGUGUGUGUGUUUGAACGAUAAGGCCAGGACGCUUCCUCACUCACUCACUCACUCACUCACUCACUCAGUGGUUCAGUAGUUCAGUAGUUCAGUAGUUCUCAGUAGCAGUCACAAACAAACACACAAAUAGACACGCCCUUGGCUCUACCUCUCCUUCAUUCUUCAUUCCCACACACAAAAUGCGUCUCUUCUUUCUCUUCCUCUUUCUCUUCCUCCAAUGUAACACCCUCCGUCUCCAUGCCGCGCGCGUCUCCGAGUACAACGCGCUCCUCGCCUUCAAAGCCUCCUCCGUCACCGACGACCCCAGCCGCGCCCUGUCCUCCUGGACCCCCUCCACCCCGCACUGCACGUGGCUCGGCCUCACGUGCGACUCCCACCGUCACGUCAUAGCUCUCAACCUCACGUCUCUCUCCCUCGCCGGGACCCUCUCAGACCACCUCUCCCACUUGCCCUUCCUCUCCAACCUCUCCCUCGCCGACAACAAGUUCUCAGGUCCCAUCCCUCUCUCUUUCUCAUCGCUCACCAACCUUCGCUUCCUAAACCUCUCCAACAACGUCUUCAACGCCACCUUCCCCUCCAAGCUUGCGCUUCUCGCCAACCUCCAAGUCCUCGACCUCUACAACAACAACAUGACCGGCCCCCUCCCCCUCGCCGUCGCCGCCAUGCCCCUCCUCCGCCACCUCCACCUCGGCGGAAACUUCUUCUCCGGCCAGAUCCCCCCGGAGUACGGCUCCUGGCGCCACAUCCAAUACCUCGCCCUCUCCGGCAACGAGCUCGCCGGCCACAUCCCGCCGCACCUCGGCAACCUCACCUCGCUCCGGGAACUCUACAUUGGCUACUACAACACCUACUCCGGCGGCAUCCCGCCGGAGCUCGGAAACCUCUCCGGCCUCGUCCGCUUCGACGCCGCCUAUUGCGGACUCUCCGGCGAGAUUCCGCCGCAGCUCGGGAACCUCCAGAACCUGGACACGUUGUUUCUCCAGGUGAAUGCGCUCUCCGGCUCCCUCACUCCCUCACUCGGGAACCUCAAGAGCCUCAAGUCGCUGGACCUCUCCAACAACAUGCUCUCCGGCGAGGUUCCGGCGAGUUUUGCGGAGUUGAAGAAUCUGACGCUGCUGAACCUCUUCCGGAACAAGCUCCACGGCGCGAUUCCCGAGUUUGUGGGAGAGUUACCGGCGCUGGAGGUGUUGCAGCUUUGGGAGAACAACUUCACCGGGAGCAUUCCGCAGAGCUUGGGGAGAAACGGAAAGCUUACUCUCGUUGACCUUUCGUCGAACAAGUUGACCGGGACUCUUCCUCCGGAUAUGUGCAACGGGAACCGUCUUCAGACGCUUAUAACGCUGGGGAAUUUUCUGUUUGGUCCUAUUCCUGAUUCGCUGGGCAAGUGUGAGUCUCUGAGUAGGAUUCGCAUGGGGGAGAAUUUUCUGAACGGUUCUAUUCCGACGGGCCUCUUUGGGCUUCCGAAGCUGACCCAGGUUGAGCUUCAGGACAAUCUUCUCACGGGCCAGUUUCCCGAGGCUGCUUCCAUUGCUGUUAAUCUGGGCCAGAUUAGUCUCUCCAAUAACAAGCUUUCUGGGCCCUUGCCACCCUCCAUUGGCAACUUCACCAGCAUGCAGAAGCUUCUCCUUGACGGCAACAAGUUCUCCGGUCCAAUCCCUCCCCAGAUUGGCAAGCUGCAACAGCUUUCAAAAAUUGAUUUUAGCCACAACAAAUUCUCGGGCCCCAUUGCCCCUGAGAUCAGCCAGUGCAAGCUUUUGACUUUCGUUGAUCUCAGCCGCAACGACCUCUCUGAUGAGAUUCCAAACCAGAUCACUUCCAUGCGGAUUUUGAAUUACUUAAACCUUUCCAGGAACCAUCUAGUUGGGUCCAUUCCAGCCUCCAUUGCCUCUAUGCAGAGUUUAACUUCUGUCGAUUUCUCCUACAACAAUCUCUCUGGUUUGGUUCCGGGAACCGGGCAAUUCGGUUACUUUAACUACACUUCUUUCUUAGGGAACCCUGAACUCUGUGGUCCUUAUUUGGGUCCUUGUAAAGACGGGGUUGCCAAUGGCCCUCGCCAGCCUCAUGUGAAAGGCCCUCUAUCUUCUUCCUUGAAACUAUUGUUAGUUAUUGGGUUGCUUGUGUGCUCCAUUGCAUUUGCUGUUGCAGCAAUAAUCAAAGCACGGUCUUUGAAAAAGGCCAGUGAAGCACGUGCGUGGAAAUUAACUGCUUUCCAGCGUUUGGACUUCACUGUUGACGAUGUUUUGGAUUGCUUGAAGGAGGACAACAUAAUUGGAAAAGGGGGUGCCGGCAUUGUUUACAAAGGGGCGAUGCCGAAUGGGGACAACGUUGCUGUGAAAAGGUUGCCCGCCAUGAGCAGAGGGUCUUCCCAUGAUCAUGGUUUCAAUGCGGAGAUUCAGACUCUGGGGAGGAUUCGUCACAGACACAUUGUUAGGCUUUUGGGGUUCUGUUCAAACCAUGAGACUAAUCUCUUGGUGUACGAGUACAUGCCUAAUGGAAGUUUAGGUGAGGUUCUUCAUGGCAAGAAAGGGGGGCACUUGCAUUGGGACACAAGGUAUAAGAUUGCUGUGGAGGCUGCCAAGGGCCUUUGUUACUUACACCAUGACUGUUCACCACUAAUUGUCCAUCGAGAUGUUAAGUCCAACAAUAUCCUUCUUGAUUCCAAUUUUGAAGCACAUGUGGCUGAUUUUGGGCUCGCUAAGUUCCUGCAAGAUUCUGGAACAUCUGAAUGCAUGUCUGCUAUUGCCGGUUCCUAUGGAUACAUAGCUCCAGAGUAUGCCUACACGUUGAAAGUUGAUGAGAAAAGCGACGUGUACAGCUUUGGGGUGGUUCUUCUGGAGCUUGUAACAGGAAGGAAACCUGUUGGGGAAUUUGGUGAUGGUGUGGACAUUGUGCAAUGGGUGAGGAAAAUGACAGACUCAAACAAGGAAGGAGUUCUAAAAGUUCUUGAUCCAAGACUUCCUUCAGUUCCACUUCACGAGGUGAUGCAUGUUUUCUAUGUAGCCAUGCUGUGUGUUGAGGAACAAGCAGUGGAGCGACCAACUAUGCGUGAAGUUGUUCAAAUUCUGACCGAGCUUCCAAAGCCACCAAACUCAAAACAGGGAGACUUGACAAUUACGGAGACAUCUUUGUCAUCAUCAAACAGUUUAGAGUCUCCAACCACGGCAUCUAAGGAACCUAAAGAUAAUCAACAUCCUCCUCAGUCGCCACCACCCGAUCUUCUUAGCAUUUGAUGCUCUAAGUUGGGGGAUGGGGUGUGUGUUUCACAUUUGUUUCCUUUGGGUUGUGAUAGCUUAGCUACUUGCGUUCUUUAGUUUUUCACUUGGGGUGGGGUUUUCUUAUUUAAGUUGUUAAUGUUUGAAUUUUUCUAUCUCUUUAAUGGUUUUGUAAUUUGUACAGUAGGAUUGGUUGGAGUAUUUUCUUAUAUAAAGUCUUUGUCUUCAUCAUGUA